GCGCCGCGGGAACGUUGGGCGCUGGCCGGUCUACGCGAGGGCGUGACUCAGGACGCGUCGUAUCAAGUUUCGGUGAACAGGCACCAACAACAAGCGCGGCAGAGGAGACUUCGACGCAUGACCAAGACACAAACAUUUCCAUCGCUUUUUUACUGAUCUUAGUAUCGGUCGUACGAGUAAUUAAAGCCGCGUAGUUUUCUGCGUGUGAAUAACAAUUACGCGUAAAGUACUGAAAAUUAUCGAGAAAAUACAUAUGUACAUAUAGUGAACUACCACAAAAAUUAUUCCGAUCGCCUCUCAGAGCCAGUAUACAAGUUUGCACCGAUAUUUGCCCGUUCACGUCCCGCCAGCACGCUUUAUUGACAAAUGUAGUAGCAACAGGUGUGAAAAUUAUUUAAGACUUUCUAUCGUCCUGAAGUGUCGAAGACAUUGAUUGCCCGUACAUUCAUAGCUCGAUCGUGAGACUUUUCAUUGAUUUAUUUAUUUGUAUUGUGCAAGACAUCCCUGGCUGAAUCGACGUGGCGAAUGUCCAAGAGAGGAAUGCAGUAUUUUCCCGACGCAGUCCCAGCUUUCACAUAGAUAACAGGAUAAGGAACAAUGAACAGAAGAGGUGAUGUCGAGAUCGCAACAGGGGGUACUGCAUGUAUUAGAGACUCUUCCCUGUGACGAAAGCGUCCCGGUCGUUGAACGUAACCAGAAGUGUCGGGGCCAUGCCUCCGGCUGCCACUCCCAGGAGAAUGGACGACUUACUGCAGGUGAACACGUUGCCGAGUCUGGACUCGAAUAACAAUGCGGCCAGCAGUAGCGGCUGCAGCGCGGGAGGCGCGGUCGGCAGCGAGACGGAGGACUCCAAGCACAGCUCGCAGGACUCCGCCGGCGCCGCAGAGCCGAGGGGCCCCGACGUGGUCACCAUCAAGUACUCGCUGCGGCCGCGCUCGCUGCAGAAGCGCCGCCUCAUCGUAGACGACGACGACGCCGACGACUUCGGCCGCUCGUGCAGCGGCGACGGCUCGACCGACGCGGCGUCGCCCGCGGGCGGCGGGGGCGGCAGGAGGGCCAAGCGGAAGCCGCCGCCGCUCAGCAGGUACCGCCGCAGGACGGCCAACGCCAGGGAGCGCGAGCGCAUGCGCGAGAUCAACGCCGCGUUCGAGGCGCUGCGGCGAGCCGUGCCGCCCCACGCCGCCGCCUACCGCGCAGAGGACGCCGCCUCCGGCUUCUACACGGGCUCCGACGACGGCUCGGAGCACCAGCAGCGCUCCGGCGAGAAGGUCACCAAGAUCGCGACGCUGCGCCUCGCCAUGAGCUACAUCGCCGAGCUGACGCGCUCGCUGGAGGCGGUGUCGGCGUCGUCGCCGCCCGCCAGCCGGCACGUGGGAGGCGCGUGCCCGUCUGCGUGGGAGGAGGAGUGGCCGCGGACGCUACACCCACGCCACGAGGCACCGGAGGCGGCGGCGGCAGCAGCAGCAGCGCGCAUGCGCACCGCCGCCCACGUUCGCUUCCCAGACUCCGGCUGCUAG